UCAUAACUUCAGAGAGGUGGGAAAACGCCGCCGACUUCUCCGCCGUUUAACCAGCAGCAGCGACAAGGACGCGCACCGCGGUGGCACCAAUGGAGAAGUCUAAAAACUUCCGCAUUGACGCGCUUUUAGCAGUCGAUACACCCAAAGUGCAGACGUCUCCACUGGCGCUGGUGACUUCUCUGUCCUCCUCCUCCUCCUCUUCCUCCAUCCCGACGUCUGGGAGCGUGGCGGCUCCGGACCUGACCAGCGGCGCAGAGUCUUUACGCGCAGAGACGCCGUCCCCGCCUAGGAUUUCCACCUGCGGCCUGAUUCCUAAACCGGGUUUCCUCAACAGUCCGCACGGCAUGGUUGGAUUACACCCGCAGAGCACCGCAGGGAUCCCCGCACAGGCUCUCUACGGCCAUCCCAUGUACACCUACUCUGCUGCUGCGCUCGCAGGCCAACACCCUGCUCUGUCCUACUCAUACCCGCACGGUUCCCAUCACCACCACGCCAACGAUCCCAUCAAACUGACCGCCAGCACCUUCCAGCUGGACCACUGGCUGCGCGUGUCCACGGCCGGGAUGAUGCUGCCCAAAAUGUCUGACUUUAACUGUCUUGCAGCUCAGGCGCAGUCCAACUUGCUUGGCAAGUGCAGGAGACCCAGGACUGCGUUCACGAGUCAGCAGCUGCUGGAGCUGGAGCAUCAGUUCAAACUGAACAAGUAUCUGUCGAGACCAAAGCGCUUUGAAGUGGCCACGUCCCUCAUGUUGACAGAGACGCAGGUAAAAAUCUGGUUCCAGAACAGACGGAUGAAGUGGAAACGGAGUAAGAAGGCCAAGGAGCAGGCCGCCCAGGAGGCCGAGAAGCAAAAGGGCACCAAGGGCGGCCAGGAGAAAUCGGACGGACACGAUCAGUCGGAUUAUCACAGCAAGACAGACUCAAAAAAUGGCAGAAUAAGAGACUUCAGAGACAGUGACGACGACGAGGGCGAGGCUUUCCUAUACAACUCAUCGGACUGCUCCUCAGACGACGAGAGGAAUCACACCAGUGACAUCAGUCCACAGCCCUGAAGCUGGAGAAGAUUCACCAUCGUCACCAUCAUCAUAGUAAUAAUGACUGCGGGGGGGAUUCUCACUGUAAAACACAGGUGCAUGUAAUCCAACCUCUAAUCCACUGGAAUAAAGGAGCAUUUUUGUUUGUC